AUGGCUACAGCAAACGAAGAGACGCCGUCGUUCCGGUGCGACUCCCCAUCAUCAGACGCAUCCCCGACUCCAGCUAUCGGCGCUUGUCCCGAGCUGUCUCGCUGCGUGUCAACUGCCUCUUCCGUCUCCCACGGAUCCGCCACCGAGGGUAACUCCCGCGAAUCUCUGGGAAGCUUCCGAGGCAGCACAUACUCCAGACAGUCCUCCGGAAACUACAGCCGCCGCUCCGACGUUAGCUUCGCAUCUUCCCGACAGUCCACUUGCAGCAGCGUGGAAGUUGGCCGCUCUUCUAGUCGGCGCCGAGGAUUUGUUCGACCACAGGGUACCGACUUCGCUGCGAGUGCUCGUCACAGGGAGAGCGUACUCAGCUUGGGAAGCAUUGCCCACCUGCAGUAUUACUUCGCUCGAACCGGUCUUCUCGAUGGCAAGGGCGCUCAGCUAGCGAGAAAGAACAAGGUCAAAGGAGGACUAGACCUCUCCUCUGUUAGCAGCUCGAGCUCGUCUUCGCCAAGGAUCAUUGAUUCGGAGGGAAACAGCCCGGAACUUGGUUCUCAUCCUUUUGGCGCGGGGCCAAUGGCGGAAUCACCUACCGAUGAACAUCAGUACUACUCUGACGAUUUCGAAGAGGACCCGGAUGUUCUGCCUCCGACUGCGAGCACAUAUAUCCACAGAAAUAAGCCAGUGCCGAAGCCUCCGACGAUAGAGGAGCUGAAGACAGACUUGACAGGAUCUCUUGACAAGGCGGCUCAGGCCUUGAGACACGCCAAAAAGCAUAGAGAUAGUAGCCCGGUGCCGGAACUGCCGGAAAUUCCCAUGAGGGGCCAAAGCACGCCCACCAAGAAAACGUCUACGGGCUGGCAUGAGGUUCAGGGUAUGCACAUCCUCGAUGUCAUGACACUGGCCAUUCGGGCUGCCAGGAACUAUUACACGGCGCAUGAGAUCCCCGAGCGGUUGGACGCUAUCAAGUCUGAAAAGGAAAUUCGCACAGAACUACUCUCCGUGAUGGAGACCUUGAAGCAGAUGGCAACCCGACAAUGGUCUGGUGGAAUGAGGGACGAGGAGCUGCGGAUCCUCGAAUCCUGGAUCUCGGGACUUUUCAGCAUGUUAAAGACUGAAGAGGAGAUGAUCGAAGCAGAAAAGGCCGAGCGAAGCUCUUGGACCUGGCUGCAGGGCGACUGGACUGGCAAAGAAGUGGAAAGAGAAUUGGCCUUCAUGUCCUCGCUCAACCCCCAGGCCGGUCCGCUGCCGGACUACACGCCCGUAGCCGACGCAAGCGAGUGUCCGACGUCUUUUCUCAUCAGUUUGCAAAACGGCAUUCGGCUCGUGGAGCUGCACAAUGCGGCGGUAAAAAGGUCAAAACGGCGAUUCGGCUUGAUUACCACAUUCCACACCGACACAGACAAGCCGUAUCGCUCUGCAGACAACAUUCGGUACUGGGCCAAAGCAGCAGAGCUGCGCUGGGAGGUGCUACUAAAAGUAGAUGCCCUGGGCAUCGUCUACAACAAUUCUCCCGAAGUCUGGGUUAACUUCGAGAAGGCCAUCAUGGAUUGGAGCAGAAAGGUCCGCGAGGAGAUCACUCCCGAACUUCUAAGCUAA